AUGGGUGAUAUCUCCGCCCCCUGCAAUGGUGUCUCCCGCUCCCUCCCUUCCCCAGCCGAUCCCAACGGGCUGAACAACGAUCGCAAAGACUCGACUCCUCUCUCGAAUGGUCAUUCAGAACUCUCCACGGCACCGACAAUGAAUACGGCUCACGGCGACCCGGUGAAGCGACCGCAACCGCAGGACCUCGCCGCAGGGUCGGGAUUCAACGUGUCCACAACCCCCCAGGGCGCUACACGAGGCCAUGAACGCGUCGCAGAAGAUGGCAAAACGUUGGAACCGGCCUGGAACUACCGACCGCGCUCCCUACCACAUACAGAUCAGAGCCAAAGUCAAAUGCAGGAGAAAUUGGUCAACGGCGCCGGAAAUCAUGCGCCACCGGAGGGAUCUGCAGCCACUUUUGAAAGUCCGACCUUAGGGGAUCAGGCCCAGAGUCGGAAGAUUUUAGAGACUGCUUCCAGUCUACAGCAGAAUGGUGUCAUUUCUAGUCCCCACAAUGACUAUCACUUCAAAUCCCCUAGCCAACGCGCUAUGAACGGUGACCGAAAAGGCGGUCAGCCGUCACUAUCUUCCGACCAGCCAUUGGGACUUUUUGGACACUCGCAGGACUUUGAUAACGCUUCAAAUCAGUGGUCCGGAGAAAUCGAAUCGUCGCCAUCUAGGAAUAAUCCGGAUAGGGAUCUCGACCGUGUUCCGAAGUUAUCGCCCGCCAAAAUACAUGAACUUACGUCCUCGCCCCAGUCGAUUCCUUAUCGUACUGCGGAAGAGCAGUCUCGACGAGUGGUUUCGGAGGGUUCGCAACCAGUUGCCAACGAACAAACCGCGGAGAUGGGCUCGUAUACGCUGAAUGACUUGAAAGGCUCCCCGGAACAUACUCCCAAGCUCCGACCAAAUAAAGCCACAACAGUGGAUUUUGUCUCGGGAUUGGUCACAAAGCCCUCGAUUUCAUCUCGACCGCGACCACCAGUGCCCCGCGCUGUUUCUACCCCAAAUUCCAUGCGGCGCCAAACACUGCCUUCGAAUGAGCGGCUGGCUCAAACCUGGGCCUCUCGAGCGAGGCAAGAUCGACCUACCAUCGGCAAGGAAUCGGAUGGACGACAUCUCAACCCUUCGUCGAUAAAGGCCGAGCCAGGAAUUCCAUCUCCCAUGCCACCUACCAUACCCUUACCGCCUCUAUCGGUUCCGACAUACCUGCAGCUGGAACUCGCCUCAGGCCGGCCAUCUCCACUGUAUAUUCACCGUUCUGCAAUGAGCGAUUUUCCAUACGAGUCAUCGCGUGUUAAGCUAGAGCGACUCGUCAACUUCUUGAUACUCCCGCCGGCAUUGGAGCAAGUGCUCUGGUUCGGAAUAUUAGCCUGCUUAGACUCCUGGCUUUACUCCUUCACCAUACUUCCUUUGCGUUUUAUCAAGGCGUUGUAUAUGUUGAUGGAGUCUUGGAUGACUAAUUUAGGCGUGGAACUCCGGUAUUUAUCCGGCUUUAUCGUCAAAGGCGUCGGAAGAGUAUGGAGGAGACGAACGAGACCUCCGCCAGAUGGAACCCACGAGCAGCUGAAUGGAUCCGAAUCGGAGACAAGAGCUCGUGCAACCUCGACCAGAAAGGAGCAGGCUCCGAUAGAGCGGGACUUCAAGCGAGCUUUAGAUACCCGCAGGCGGCAUCGAAAUGACAUCCAGCACAGGCAUCAGCACCGCCGACAGAAAUCUGUUCCAUCCGCAUUGCUCCCAGAUGACAAAGCCGACAUACUCAAUGGUCUUCUCAUGAUCACCACGUGCGCAGUUUUGAUGUAUUUCGAUGCAAGCCGAAUGUAUCAUUGGAUUCGGGGACAGGCCGCAAUCAAACUAUACGUUAUUUACAACGUAUUGGAAGUCAGCGAUCGACUUUUCGGCGCUAUUGGGCAAGAUGUGCUCGAGUGCCUUUUCUCACGCGAGGCAUUAGAGCGCCGUCCCGAUGGGCGAAGUAAGGUGUUUCGUCCAUUCGGGCUUUUCCUGCUGGCCCUUGCAUACACUGUCAUCCACUCUACGUCGCUUUUCUUCCAGGUCAUGACCUUGAAUGUAGCGGUGAACUCUUACUCGAAUGCCUUGAUUACCCUACUUCUCUCAAACCAAUUUGUUGAGAUUAAGUCAACGGUAUUCAAGAAGUUCGAAAAGGAGAACUUGUUCCAACUGACCUGCGCGGACGUGGUGGAGCGGUUCCAGCUCUGGCUUAUGCUCACGAUCAUCGCAUCUCGGAACAUCGUGGAGACAGGCGCUUUCAACUUCUUUGGUACUCUCGGUGCUAGCUUUGGCGGCACGUACGCAUCUACUGCCACAAAUAGCACUCCGCUCUCCACUCCACCGCGCACGGCCACAUCGAUCCUCCCGCAGUCAUUCACUAUCGUUCCGUCAUCGAUUGUGGCGUCGUUUAGCCAUGUGAACUCAUUCCUCCCGAAUUUAGCCCAGGUACUCGGCCCAUUCCUAGUCGUACUAGGUUCGGAAAUGCUGGUUGACUGGCUGAAACACGCCUAUAUCAGUAAAUUCAAUAACACGCGACCCGCUAUCUACCGCCGAUUUCUGGACAUCUUGGCCAAAGAUUACUACACUAAUGCCUUUGGGGAUCAGAACCUCACCCGGCGGCUGGGCCUGCCGGUCAUUCCAUUAUCGUGCCUCUUUUUCCGCGUCUCCGUGCAGACAUACCACAUGUUCCUCGCGGCCCUACUCCCACAGCACCCAUCAUCAACAGCCGUGUCAUCCACCUCCCUGUCCUCAAUCCACAGCCACUACGCACCUCUUCCGAUCCCCUCGCCUCCACCCCUAACCAUUCGCACAAUCCUGCCAGUGUCGGCAGCCCACGCAGGGACCUUCUUCCGACAGAUGCUAGCAAACGCCAUGCCUACGCCCGCCCAAGCCGUGUACCUCUUCACUAUCGUCCUUCUACUCACGGGCUUUGUCCUGCUCCUGAUCUUCAAACUCCUCCUCGGCAUGGUCCUACUAGUUUAUGCCCGAACUCGCUACAAGGCAAUGAAAUACCGCGAGGCAGAGCAGGCUUCAUCAUCCACAUCCUCUACCCACGCAACCACCGAAAACGGCGGCCCCUCUCGCGGCCGAGAGUUCGCCGUCGACGGCAGCAAACGCGUCGGAGGAUGGGGCGUCGUCGAGGUGAACGAUGACCACCGACACUGGAUCUACGUCGACGACCCGGACGGACUCCAACGGAUCAAGAAGAAAGAAGAAAAGGACAAGAACGCGAAAGAGGAAUUGAACUUGGACCAUGUACAGCGGUAUGAGAUGGUUGCUAAACGAAUCUGGUAA